AUGUGCACCCUCACGCGAGCACCCAUCACUGUGCCCAGCAUGAAUCCAUGGGAGUCGCACGCCAUGUCACAUAACUUCCCUCGCGAGGCCUCGCCUGGUGCUGAAAAGAAGCUGCCUACACAAUCCCGCUUCCAGCCUGGGCAGGAUCCCAUCAUUUAUCCAGGGCUCUAUGCCCCUAGUGGUAUAGACAUUAUGUCGAUUUUGUUUAGUGUCUUGGCCCGUCCUGAUCCCAAGUUCGAGUUAGGGCCCGUAGACUGCUCUGCCGCUCUUACCGUCAGCAAUCUGGACCUUCCCGGCUCUCCCAUUAUCUACGCCAAUGAGGCCUUUUCCAAGUUGACCGGCUACACCAUCAGUGAAGUUCUAGGACAGAAUCCUCGUUUCCUUCACUCGCCACAAAGCAUUUAUCCUUUUGCAGACACUCUACUCGACCAACAUAGUGCUGCGAUCCAAAGCUUAGAUCAGGCAGUGGCUUCUCGAAACGAAAUACAACUACACAUUACCAACUACAAGAAGAACGGCCAAAAGUUUACGAACCUCCUCAGCAUGAUACCGAUUCGCUUGCCCGACAACGAAACGCAAUACUCCGUCGGUUUCCAUGUUGCAGCCGAUGCUGCCGAUGCUGCCAACUAA